AUGUUCAAUCCAAUUCAUAAAGCUGCAAAAAUGUUGAAACAACGAGGUGUAGACUGGGAUUCAUAUCAAAAGAUAGAAGGGUAUGUACAGAACCAGUUAGAAAAUAUUCAAAAUGAAGUAAAACAAAUCUAUCAUAGUGAAAAGUCAAAUAAUAUUGAACUUAGCAAAGUGGCUAUUAAUGUUAUGACUACUUUGUAUGAAUCUUUUAAACCAUAUUUAGCAAAAGCCCUAGAAGUUUCUGAUGUUGAAUAUGUUGAGUUGGUUAAAAUGCCAAAAGUUGAACUAUUUGAGUUUGAUUCUUAUUAUUAUAUAGUUCGUUGGCAAGAUAGAUAUAUUUGUUUGAUCAUUACUUGA